UCAAGACGAACACUAGCAGCUGAUUUUGUUCCUGCACGUGCAAGAUCUAAGCAUACAUUACCAUCCUUAGAUUACGACUAUGGUGCACUGGAACCGCAUAUAUCUGCUGAAAUAAUGGAAAUCCACCAUUCUAAACAUCACGCUACCUACGUGAAUAAUCUUAACAUUGCUGAAGAAAAGUAUGCUGAGGCACAAGCUAAGGGUGAUUUAACUGCUUGUCUAGCACUUCAACCUGCCUUGAAGUUCAAUGGUGGUGGUCAUAUCAAUCAUACAAUAUUCUGGAAGAAUCUCUCCCCUAAUGGUGGAGGAGAGCCACAGGGUGAUCUCAUGGAAGCAAUCAAGAGAGACUUUGGUUCAUUCAAUGAGAUGAAAGAAAAAUUAAAUGCAGCUUCUGUUGGUGUGCAAGGAUCUGGAUGGGGCUGGUUGGGAUAUUGUAAAACUUGUCAAAGAUUAAAAGUUGUUACUUGUGCUAACCAAGAUCCACUGGAAGCCACAACUGGUCUUGUACCAUUGUUCGGCAUUGAUGUCUGGGAGCAUGCGUACUACCUACAAUACAAGAACGUAAGACCUACUUAUGUCAACUCUAUCUACAAUGUUGCAAACUGGGAAGACGUCAAUGAAAGAUAUCAGCAAGCCGUGGGAAAGGCAUAA